AUGGCCUGUGCCCGGGAGACCAUUGAGCUUCCCGUGGGGGACCCAGGGGUCCACACACCCCAUGGCUGCAAAGUGUGCCACAGCUUAACCCCCUUUGUGAUGAGCUCAAAGGACUCCAAGAAGUGCUCCCAGUGUAAGAAGAGUAGAACCAAGGUCCAGGAAAAAUUUGCCAGGAAGUUUCCGUACAGGUUCUCUUGGCUGACGGAGCCCAAUGUGGAGUUCCUGAAGCCCUGGGAGGUCACGAAGAUGACCACCUCACUGCGGGAUCAACUGCCCCUGCAGAAGAUGUUGGUGGCAACGAGAUCCAUUCCAGUCAGAGGGCUUGGGGCCCCAGAUUGUAUAUCACCGUCUAGCUUCAGCCCCCUGCCGCCGCCGUCUCCACUGAGCAAACUUUGGGAACUCAAGAUACUGAGCCUCCGCUUCCCCCGGCUGGGUGCCCCCGCUCCCCCCACCGGCGCCCGGGCUGCCCGGCCCUCUGCAGGCGCCUCCUAG